ACAAGUGUCAGUCGAAGCCGAAGGCGAAGGGCCACUUCAAAAUCUUCCAUGGUCUGCUAGCUGCACCGCCUGUUCACACAAAUCGAAUGAAUAUUAUUAAUUUUUUUGGUAGUCACUUGUCGGUCGCUCCUGUCCGGAAAUCUUGUGAACCUUUGGCUUUGUAAGAGUUGUACCGGUAACAGUGCUUCACGAGUGCUGAUGAAACGAUCAGUUGGGAGAGAGUUGAUACUGUAAAUAUUCGUAAAAGAAUCACUUGUUGUUAAAAAAGUGUAUUAAAAAAAUACGCUUGUACUUUGAAACUGCAAGAAGCCUCAACCCUACUUCUGACUUGUACUUUGCCCAUUCAGAUUGAUUCUUGGCAAUUUCGUAUCCAUGUCAGAUACAGAACUGUGAGCGUCUACAUUAUACUUUCUGCGGUGUGUACGCAGAUUUACUGGCUUCAAAUUAAAUUCGAUACUGGACGUGGUGUGGACACUGUCACAUACACAGUCUUGUGCUAUUGGAAUCAUCCGGAUUGACAGUAAGGCCUAGUACAGUACCUGGGCACCGGUCAUGGGAGCUGUUCGUGUCUGUGCUCUCCUCAUUUGGGCAUUGCUCAUGCAAGUGAACUGCUGCUGUUCUACAGCGUGUACACGGCGCGACGCUGCAGAUGGAUUUGUAUGCGUGUGCAAUGGGCAGAGUUGUGAUAGCAUUCCAACGCUGGUGCACACGGCGGGCGCAGCGGCUAUCGUGGAAUCCGGGCAAACAGUUGGCGUGAUGCAGCAGUCAUCGGUCGCUUUCAAUCGAUCUGCGCCGUCUGGUGGAUCGGCACACAUCACGCUCAACACCACGCGUCACUAUCAGGAGCUGCUGGGCUUCGGUGGAGCAUUCACAGAUGCUGCAGGGCUGAACAUUCGCUCGCUGAGCACGGAAGCACAGAAGAAUCUAAUGAUGUCAUACUUCUCCCACACAACGGGCAUCAAAUACACUGUGGGCCGCGUGCCAAUGGCAAGCUGUGACUUUUCCACUCACCAAUACUCCUAUGAUGACUCACCAGGGGAUUUUGAGCUCGCAAACUUCACCCUGACCGGCGAGGAUUUGCAACUGAAAAUUCCGCUCAUCCAACUGGCAGGCGAGCUGGCUGGUAAGCCACUGAGGCUGUUCGGAAGCCCAUGGUCGGCGCCGGCGUGGAUGAAGACAAACGAUAACAUGAGCGGACGCGGCUGGCUGAAAGGAGCGGUAGGGGACAAGUACCAUAAAACCUGGGCACUCUACUUUGUUCGGUUCAUGGAGGAGUACGCCAAGCACAACUUAACUUUCUGGGGAUUGACUGUUCAGAACGAGCCAGCUGAUGGCUUCAUCCCGUUCUUCCCGUUCCAGAGCAUGUACUUCUCUGCGGAAACAGAAAGGGACUUUGUGAAGACAGACUUGGGGCCGACUCUUGCCGCCCAUGGCCACCAAGAUGUGAAACUGAUGAUCUUGGACGAUCAGCGUAUCUUCUUACCUGGCUUUGCCAAGACUGUGCUGAGUGACCCUGACGCAGCCAAGUAUGUCUCCGGAGUAGCUGUGCAUUGGUAUCUGGACGCUGUAGCCAGCAGCAGUGACCUGGAGGAAACACAUGACAGCUUUCCUGAGAAGUUCAUAUUUUCCAGCGAGGCAUGCGAAGGAUCUGAGCCGCUCAGUCGCGGUGUCAAACUGGGUAGUUGGUCACGUGCUGAGUCGUACGCGCAUGAUAUUAUCACGGAUCUAAAUCAUUGGGUAGUGGGCUGGACUGACUGGAACCUGGCCCUGAAUGGUACUGGUGGACCUAACUGGGCACACAAUUAUGUGGACAGUCCUAUCAUAGUCAACCCUUCCAAAGACGAGUUCUACAAACAGCCUAUGUACUACGCAAUUGGACACUUCAGUGCAUUCAUCCUGCCGGGAUCUGUGCGCAUCCAUACUGAUCUCUCCGAGCCGUUCCUCUCCUGGGACCUGGAGACGGUUUCCUUUUUGACUCCAGCUGCAAUAUCUGGCUUGCAGCAGGAUCUCGUGACCACUGUCAUUCUGAACAAACACAAUACAGCUCAGACCGUUGUAUUUUACGACCCAAGCGCUGGCUACAUUGAGCGCGACGUUCAGGCAAACUCUAUUGUUACGAUCCAGUACCCACUGCGCUCGCAAGCGUAGCUAAUUGACCCCUGUGCUUUUCUGCCGCAGUAACAAUCUCAUGGUCUGAAGACUGUUGCUUGUGCUGGUAAGCCACAGGUACGGUACCCAAUGCACAGCCUGCACACGUGCCUCGUCUUGCCAACAUAUUUGUUCCUUUUGCUUUUUCAGCAGCCAACCAGUUACUUCACUUGUAUGCUAUUUUAACAAUCCAAGUCCAUUUUAGUUUAUAUUUAUCAUCAGGAGUUUGUUUAGAACUACAACUUCUAUAGACAUGUACAUGUAUAGUCCUAACACUUUCGAAGCCGUUGUUUUGGGUAUUUUAUACUUUAGCAAGCCCGAAAUUUGACAAUCAAGACAACAUUAAAGUUUACUGCAGCGGCUUAUUUCUUCUCUUAUCUCCUACUUGCAUCAAUGUGCAAGCUUGAAGACAAAACACAAUCGCACGUCAUAAUUAUGGCAUUUUCAGCACGAAUUGUGUAGACCAA